UUAAGCAUAUUCAGUGUCAAUUCAGAUCAUCACUUGUGAAGAUGAACUCUGUCAUUAUAAUUUUAUCUUUAACAUUAACUCUCAUUACAAUGGUAGGAAGUGCCAAAGGUCCUUGUAACUAUUGUGAAAGUGAAUGUGUGAAAGAGAAAUUUGGCAAUACAUUAAAAAUUUUACGACGAGUUGAGAAAAAUUCCAUAAAUACAUUCAAAAUUACAGAAGAGAAGACAAUGAACUUUAAUGUGGACAUUGCUGAAGGAUCAGCCACAAUGUAUGACACAGAAGUUAGCAAUAUUUUAGGAGCAACAAUUGUGAAAGUUGAUAUGUCUGUAAAUGCUGACAAAACCAAGGGUAAAGCAGUUGGAACGUUUUUUAUUCCAGAAGUUGAUAUUAAGAGUCACGGAAAAGCAAAAUUCAUCACAAAGAACAAUGAUCAGAUGUCUGGAGUUGAUGACCUGAAAAUUCCACAAGAAAUUGACACUGAAGGAGAACUUUCGGCUAGCUUUAGAAAUGUUUUAGUUGAUUUUAAUAUCAAUUUUGACGUUGAGAAGAAACCAAACAGUAAAGCAUCUCUAGUUCCAACAGCUCUUACAAUACAAUUGAUCUGUAAAAAUAUUAAUGAUGCCUCAUUCAACUUUGAGCCUUCUGUUGGAAAUUCAGUCAAAAGAGCCAUCGAGAAAGCUUAUUUGAAUGUUAUUUCAAAAAGUAAAAUGGAUGACUAUUGCGAAACUUUGAUUGAAGGAAAGGAACAUGAAUUGGAUUUAGAUUCAUUAGCUAAUUUUGAGAAAAUGUUCAGACGAGUUGCAUUUGAUGAUAAUUGUUAAUUAUCUAAAAACAUUAGGGUUUUCAACCUGGGAAUUGAAAUGUAUGUAAUCCCGGAAUCAAUCCCAAGAUUCAGUACAUUUUACAUUUUAAUGAAAAAAUAAAUUAAAA